UCGUCUUCUUUCUUGGCUUGCAUCCGUCGUCUACGUUCGAGAGGAGAUUCUUGGGCGCACCUUGAAUCGACACCCAGACCGGCGGUGGAAAGCUGAGGUCUGUUCAAGACAUGGCGGACAAGCGCAAGUCGCCUCCGCUUCAGAACGGCGCCGGCUCUUCAUCUUCGUCGGUGCUAGUGAAGCGACAGAGGCAAGGAGACAAUGAUGCUGGCGUAGGAGAGCGGCAAAUUGCCAUUGCAUCGUCGGACGGGGGCAAGUCCAAGGGGCUCGUCAGAACGGUCAAAAGGACGAGUAAUCUUUCAGCACCAAUCCUGUCGCUCUCUGGCGCACACGGUGCCGAAAUCCUAGACGUUAAAUUUUCGCCAGACGGGCAAUUGAUCGCCGCUGCUUCAUCGGAUAAGACCAUUUCUCUGUGGCAGACGUUUGGCGAAAACAAAAACAUUGGCAUUCUGGCUGGACACUCCAAAGCUGUGACGUCGCUGUGCUGGUCCAACAGUGCGCCAUCAUCCUCGCCCCGUCUCUUUUCAGCCUCGGCGGAUGGGACGCUGAUUGUCUGGGACGCGUCAACGGGAGCCAAGCUGCGGAGGUUGCGGGGUCACAAGGGCAUUGUCAACUCCGUCUCGUGCACUAGAGGCGGUCGCGAGAUCCUCGUCAGCGGAGGUGACGAUGGCAGGGUGUUAUUGUGGGACCCCCACGAACGAACGCCGCUGGACGUUCUGGAGAUUGGAUACCCAGUCACUGCUGUGGCUUUCUCCGACGAUGGAGGGCAAAUCUACGUCGGAGGGCUGGACAAUGACGUGCACGUGUACGACCUGCUGCGAAAGGAGAUUGUCUUCUCAUUGCGAGGUCAUACAGACACCAUUACCUCUCUUUCCCUCUCACCGAGCGGCUCUCACCUUCUAUCGACGUCCUUUGACGACACGGUAAGGGUGUGGGAUGUACAACCAUUCGCGUCCGAACCGGGACCAGGUCACGUUGGGAGCGCCAGGCUUCACCGGACAUUGACAGGGUCUGCCUGCGGGUUCGAGAAUCUCCUGAUCAAGGGAGGAUGGAGUCACGAUGGGGAAAAGGUAGCAACAGGUGGUGGUGAUCGGAAUUGUACAAUAUGGGAACUUGAAAAGGCAACGAUCCUCUACCAGCUUCCAGGCCAUCGAGGAACAUGCACAGCCGUCGCGAUGCAUCCCCGGGAGCCAGUCAUUGUUUCUGCUUCGACCGACACGACACUCCUGCUGGGCGAGAUCGAGACAUAGGGUCUUUGACACCUUCUAUUACCUCCAAAAGUAGUAAUGACAUGCAUAUCAUUGUG